AUGUUUCCUGUGUUGAAGGUGAACGUAUCUGGUCUGGAUCCUAAUGCCAUGUACACGUUUUUGCUGGACUUUGUGGCAGCUGACAACCACAGAUGGAAAUAUGUGAAUGGAGAAUGGGUUCCUGGUGGAAAACCUGAGCCUCAGGCUCCCAGCUGUGUUUACAUCCACCCAGACUCGCCCAACUUUGGAGCUCAUUGGAUGAAAGAUCCUGUGUCAUUUAGUAAAGUCAAACUUACCAACAAAAUGAAUGGAGGAGGCCAGGUAAGUCAGCCAGGCAAAACAUUAGUUUAUUUUAUGUGUACAAUGAAUUAUUUGUUCUUUUAUUUAUGUAAUAACUUUUGAUUUUCUAAUGGUUUAUUAUUAUUAUCCAUGUAUUUUUGUGAGCUUAAUUUCUUUAGUGGUUGCAGGAUAAAGGAAAUGUGAUCUCUGAUCAUGCUUGAAUACAUAAGGGAUUAUACUUAAAUACAUAAGGGUUGAUUUAUUAAGGCAAAACAGGAACUAUUUUGGGGGCAAAGCGUUUAGAGACAUUUUAUUGGUUUCUAUGGUGAGUGCUCAUUAUUUAGCUCUUUUGGCUUAUUUUUCCCCCAGAAUAAUUUCUGUUUUGGUCAUGCUAAAUUUCAUUUGUUGGGUUUCAAGCAGUUCGUAAUGAAAGUGCUGUUAUUAAAUAGUUACUCUAACCAUAAAACAGUAUUUUAAUUUAAUAAAUACUGUUUUUUUCCUGUACUGUUUUCCCUUGUCAAAGUUAAAUGCAAACAUACAUAAAACCAAAGCCUAACUUUACCUCUAUUCCUGCUCUGAAGGCAAGCUCUCCCUCAGCUUGAUCUUACUCCAUUGCUGUUACUCAUCCUAGUUGCAGAAGGAGAAGGAUGGGCUAAGGGGAAGACAUGGGCAGCAUGUUUGGCGCAGCAUGCCUCUGUUGGCUGUCUUCGCCAGCAUACACAGAAUUCACAUUAUCGAGUCUGGAACUCUUCAUAGUGAAAUGCUGCCAUUCAGACUCCAGGCAAUAUGACCACUUCACAUAAACAAACUGGCCAUGAUGCUUACAGAACCCUCUAUCUAACAGGGUUAUUCACAAAAGUAUGAGUUAGUGGGAAAACAGAGUGAAUUCAAAUAAAUUUAAAGCUUUUAGGUCAAAAUAGAUUAUCUGGAGAAGUUUCCAGUUUGGUUAUUUUUACCUAACAUUUCUAAUUCCCAUAGAAUUCCUCACAAUUUGCACUUGAUUGAAUAAACUAGCUAAUUUCUCAAAUUCUGGAGAAUUCUCAAAUUCCCUUUGCAUAGUUUAACCUAUUAAUCAAUAAAAGGUUUGUUUAAUAAAUGGUGAAUUUCAUAGUCAUCAUUCAGGGCAACAAGGCUUCUCAAGUUCUGACAAACACUAAUAUAUCUGAAAAUCACUUUGAUGGUAAGACAUAAUGCACCAGAACUGUACAAAUUCAUACAAUUCGUAUUAGAUGGGAUAUAUCUAUAGCCAAUAUUUUCUAUAGGCAGUUCCAGUGUAAAUUCAGUGACCGGCACAAGGUUUACAAUACCCUUUGGUCAACUGACUGCAAAAAAAUGUCACAUUUCCAUAUCUGAAUUGCUUCAGAUUUGUAAAUGUGCGAGCAGUGAUUCUAGCUCAAAGCUUUUUGACCAUGAUAAGAAAUACAAAAUGGGGAAAAAAAGAACCCUGAAACAAACCCCUUCCAUAUGAUGUGUAAUGCUGGCUUAAAUGAGUGGAAAUAUAAAUUAAAAAUAGUGCUUGGCCUACACAUUAACAUAACACACAUGAGGUCUGCACUGUUGUGAAAUGUUUUCUUUUUUUUUAAGAUAAUGCUAAACUCUUUGCACAAAUAUGAACCGAGGAUUCAUAUAGUAAACGUUGGUGGAUCUGAAAGAGCAAUCAGCAGCCAUUCCUUUCCUGAGACGCAAUUCAUAGCCGUUACAGCUUACCAGAAUGAAGAGGUACAUUAUAUUAAUUAGAAAUAUAAUUUUAACUGCUUUGACAAAUUUAUUUGUUCCUCUUCUAUGUACAUAAUAUAUCUAUUACACACACACAAUUGUAGCAUAUUCUGCUCAGAACAUCUGCAUGUUAAUACAUAAUUGUUCAGUAUCAUUAAUUUCUUUAGCAUUCCCCAUGUACCUCAGCCUACCUGUCUUUAUCUCUAACUUUCCAUGUGUUUCUUUACACCUUGCGGCUCAACCUCCUAUUGUUUUUUUUCUUACGCAUCCAGAAUAUUUAAUAAACCUCUAGUAUAUCGCUGCUAAUCCAUUCUAGUGAUUACAAAUAUCAAAAAUAACAAACGAUGCCAAAUUCUACUGUUACCUCCAUUAAUAUUCUCCCAUUCCAUAGAAAAUCAGUUUUGUUUUUACUGCCCCCAUGCCCCUUAGCUACCCCAUACCUUUAUUUCCCCUUUGCUCCCAUUAUCUCGGCCAUCUCUAUAUCACCAUUCACUUUCAGAUUUAGUUUUAUACUUUUACUUGGCCUUCCUGACUGUGUUUCUCAGCCUUGUGCAAUCUCUGGGUUCUCAUGAAUCCCAGGUUUUUCUUGUCCUAUUUCUCUGCUACAUUUUUAUGUUUGACUGACCAUCCUAUUUGUCUGUCUCAUUCCUGCAUUCUUAGUCUCUCUAUAACUUCUCAGUAUUGUCUCCCUGAACAUUUUGCCAUACACAUUCUUCCUCGGUCUCUCAGUCUAUUUAUUUUGCAGUAAAUCACUGAAGAUCUUUGAUUAGCUGGCCUGCAAGCUCAACAGUGUCCAGAUUAGAGACUUCAUGUGUUCUGAAUUGAAAAUUACCAUGGGCCUAAUUAUGUAACUGGAAUUUGUUAUUUUGACAAGUUGUACAUUAAUAAUCAUGAGCUUUACCUCAAUUUGCUAAAAGACUUUGCACAGAGGGACUUUUUCAAUGGGCAUGGAGCGGUGAUAGAUAAGCAAGUAAAUAAAAUAGUGUCAGGCUCCCUAAAGUGUACAUAACAGAAAAAUAGUUGACUGACUCUUAAUUUUGGUACAUUGGUAAUUAACAAAUUAACCAACUUUUAGCUUAAAAUAGCUGAUUAGGAAACACAAAACAAAAAUAAUUCUUCGUUGUGUUUGUGCUAUUUUAAACUACAAAAUAAAAAGUUAACUUUUCUUUAAAACUUAUUUUUGAUAGAUAAUUUUCCAAGCUAUGAUCUCAAUUCUAUUGUGUUUGGAUAAGCUUUUCAUUUGAUUGAUUUAUCUAUAAACAUUCCCAUAGGCUUUAAUGGUGUUUUCUGUAAAUAAAUAAUUUGAAAAGCGUUUCUAACGGAUUGCUAUAAUUUGAAAAUCUUGUCCCAAAAUAUUAAAUAGAGAACUAUGUUAUCAGUACAUGCUAUUUUACAGUAUAUUGCAACUCUAUGGUAGAACAAGCAUACUGUGCAGGAAAAUAUUUUAAGUUUUAUUCAUGUCCAUGACUGUAUAAGAUUUGAAAAAGGCAGUUCACAUGAGACACUAUAGCUAAUUAUCUCCAAUUAUUUUUUUUGCUGUAAUUUUCAUUGAAAGGAAAAAUGUAUAUACUUCUCAAAAGUUGAUGCUAUCUUUGUCUUCUGAUGCACAUAUUUUCCUUUUCAGAUAACAGCUCUUAAAAUUAAGCAUAAUCCAUUUGCAAAGGCAUUCCUUGAUGCAAAAGAAAGGUAAUAUUUUCUUUUAUAUUUGCAAUGAUGCUUUAACAUGAAAUAUAUAAAAUUAAAAUGGCUGAUUGUGUAUGUUCUUGCAAAGUAAUCUUCAUUUACAUGUCUCCAACUAACUGUAUUUUCCCUUAUUCAAGUUAUUAUUGUAACUUUAUUUUUUCCAGAUUUUUCUCAAAUAUUGUUCUACCUCUAUUUAUCCCAUGAUAUAAUUCCUUAACUCCCUCUUAUUAUGUAUUACACCGUCUUUCCUUACUCCCACCUUUGACCCAUCAGUCACUUUCCGUGGUUGAAGCACCUGUUCGAUGAAUGUCUGCUAUUUUUUCCAUUUGUUGUUUACAGUCAGUUAUUUCUUUCCAAGACAAAACAGAAAAGGAGUUUGAAAAAAGCUCAGACCAAUUUUAGACUCUGUAGUAGAGUUUUACAUGCAAUUUUUACCAUGUGCGAAUUUAUCUCACUAUAUAAAAAUAGUACCAGUGCAUCAUGAGAUGUGGCUGCUAGGGUACACAUUCUUGACACCGUGAGCUAAUGGCACACUUUCUUAGCACAAUGUCUUUUCUGGCAAACAAUGCAAUCGAGACCCAGGCACCAUAGUGCAGUUAACAGUCAGUAUGAAUAUGCUAUGGCACACUUGUUAAGCAUAGUGGGUCCUCUGGUAGAUGCUCAUCUUCAGUUUUCUGACAAACAAAGAAUAAUGCUGCCUAGUGUAGAGUUUCCACAUCUUUUACAAUUGUACCCAGCGAGGGUACCAUCACUUACCAGUCAUAGACCAGCAAUCCUAACAAUAGCAUUGUUCUGAGCUGUGGGAAAUUGAGCUUUGCCUAACUUGUUUCAAACUUUUUGUUACCAGUAAAAGUUUGUGUAAGGCAGCUGUGCAAUUCAAUUCUUCCUAGUUACACUUCUGAAAGGGGCACACUGCACCUCUAAAGCACAGGUCCAGUGUGACAAAAAGUGCAGAUUUCAAUGAAAAAUUACACUUUUAUAAAUUAACAUUGUUACAGCCCCCUGGCUGUCAAUAAGGCAAUUAGUUAUGUUACAUUUUGGUUUGUUUAGCUCAGUGGAGCUAAACUCAAGAGGGAGGCAAUUGUCCAGAGCACCUUGCAAAGACUUCUCAUUUAGCUUCAUGUCUGCAAUUGGACAGCCAUAAAGAAUAUGGCAAUAUGUCUCCAUGGAUAAAACUAGAACAGAAACAUUUUUCCACACUAAAAUGGAAAAAACAGGCGGGCGGGCAGGCAAGUCACAAACACUAGCAAAUGCUUAUUAUCAGAGUUCCCUGGAGACUCUGAAUUUAUAAGCUACUUCCUCGACAAAAGCACAGAAAAUCAUCCCUACAUUACUUGUAGUGUAAUGUAGUACCAUGGGACGUCAAAGCAAACUUUACCGGAGCUAAACGGUUCUGGUAUCAAAAGAUAUCGUAGAACUGCUCAGAGUCGCCCCGCAGCAGAGGUCUGUUAAGAUGGCACCUGCACGGGAAGUCUCCGACUCUGCAUCUGAAGUGAGCUAAGACGUAGAUGCUGAAAGAUCCACAAAGCUGGACAAAACCUGUACCAACCCUGCUCAACAACUGAAACUGCUACCCACUAAGCUCUGUGAUAUACGCAAAACCAAGCCAUUCUACCCAAGACCAAACCAUGUGCUGGACCAGAGAGCAUCAACAUCAGCAACUACGUAAACCAACUUUCACAAAAGACUGUGACUACACAAAUAUCAAGACUGAAAUUUGUUGCCUGACAUGAUGAUUUACUGAAACAAGGAUUUUUACCUUUGUAAUUGUUCUUAUCUGGUUUUCCUUAUUUUUCUUUAUUUUGUAUUACUCUCACCACAUUUAUGGUAGAACUUACACUUGCUGAAUUAGCAGCUUCUCUGAGAAUAAAUGCCUGGCUCCAGACAUACUUUAAUUUCCCCCGUAUUAAAGCGGAUGCACAGCAGACCCGUACAAGCUUUCACUUAAACAAUUUGCAACCUCUUGCUGACGUUCCUCUAAUGAGGUAGCAACUAUAUAUUAUUUUUUUAAUUAUUUGUCUAAAGUCAUUUUAAUGUUUAUACAUUGCAUUUAAAAGUGGCAUUAUCAGAUGUUUUUGAAUAGUACAACCACGCUAUGCUACAAUAAAAAAUCUUAAACUGAAAAAAAUAAAUUAAAAACAUAUUGCCAUAAGUCAAACGAUUUUCAAAUUAAUCAUAACAUUGAGCAAAAUUUGUAUGUAUUUUUUAUUUUAUGAGUUCUAUUUUUUUCUUUAACAGAAGUGAUCACAAAGACAUAUUGGAUGAUGGAUUGUAUGGUCAACAUUCUGGUUACUCUCAAUGUAAGCAAAAUUUCCAAGUAAUACAACUAAAAACACUAUUUAAUAAAUAACAACAUUUAAAAAAGUACUUUAAUGGAAUGCAAUAUAUGUAUAUGCAAAAGACACAUCUAGCUGUGACAGGGAUCUCAACUGUAAUACCCAGAUCAAUUAAUGAAUUCCCAACAAUUGUUAAUUUGUCUGCGGAUAUCGUUCACAGUGAAUUUAACAUUUAUGGCCAAAAUAGCUGAACUGAAAAAAUCUCCAAGUCAUCUAAGUUUGGUUAUGUACUCUAAGAUCAUUUACUGGGUUGUUUAUUAAACUUACAUUUGUUGGGAACUCAGAGUACUUUUGCAUUGGUGACCUGACAAUAUUUUGGACCAAUUGAACCUUUGUUAAACCUGAGACUUUUCUGUUGGUGGUUUCUGUAAUCCGGGGGCAUCUUGGUGUGAUGCAUCUCAGACACCUGCCUCAGUGCAUCCCUGGUUUAUAUGAAAACUAGUAUUACUCAUUUGAGAACAUGUUAUCUAUGUUUGUAACACUUCUAUAACACUUCUUGUAACACUUUUUUUGCUAGUAGGUAACUGGCUGAUUCCUGGGACUGGAUCACUAUGUUCAUCAUCUAAUCCUCAUCCUCAGUUUGUGCCACCCAUAUCGCUUUCCUCUUCUCAUAGUUGUGAUCGAUAUUCACCUCUUCGGAAUCAUCGUCCAGUUCCAUAUCCUAACCCAUACUCUCACAAGAACAAUACUUCAAGUGAGUGCAAGAUAAAUGGAAUUUAUGAGUACACUCAAAUCUGCAGCAGUACAAAUAGGUUUGAAUUAGCUCAGUGGUUUGGGUUACAGGUUAUUGUCUUAGUCACCAUCUUGGCUCAUACUUUAGAAAUACAUUUAGGAUAACGCAGUGACAUUAAUUAUUUAGGUCACAUUUAUGCCACAAUCUAGUAGUGCUUAAGUUUUGACUCGAAAAAAGCUGAAUAAUUUAUUUUGUGACUUCCAAUCAGUGUAAAGCCUCCAUGGUGUAAUAAAUCCUAGUUAUUUAUUAUGAGACACAUGUUGUUUUGCUUCAGUAGGGGGAGUGCAAAGAACUGAAGUGUGGCAGUUCUAUUGAAACCAGUGACACUAUCAGUCAUGUUGCAAUAUUAACUCAUCUCCUUUUAUGUCUUUGCCCCACUUUUGAGAACAUAACACUUUGAUAAAUAUUGCCAGUAGACUUGGAAUUGAGCAAAUACUAUUAAUACAAAAAGUUUAGGUUUCAUAAGGAGUCAAACCAAACAAUGAUGGCAUCUAGCAGAGCUUCAAAUUGGACCUCAAUCAUUCAGAAAUAUUUUGUAUGCUGUGUUUGGAAAUAUUGCAUGUUUGUCUAAGAAAUUAUUUUAUGCAUUUCUUAAUUAUACCAUUUAAAAAAAAAAUUUUUUUUUGUAGCAUCAAUAGCAGAUAAUUCUUCUGGCUGUCUUCCAAUGCUUCAGUCUCAUGAAAACUGGUCUAGCCUUCAAUUGCCUGCUCAUGCUUCAAUGCUGCCAAUGAGUCACAAUUCAAAUAGCCCAAACAACUGCAGGUAAGUUGAAUUCCUAAGAGUUUUAGAUAUACAUUCUCCGUAAUUAGCAACAGAAGCCAUAUAUGUCAAUACCAUUUUCAAUAUCCGAGAAUUACAAUCAUUGCCUCUAAAUGAUCUAAUUUAUGCCAUAAUUGAAGUUGCCUGGACUGACAUUGUGGUGAUUUGUUUUAAAGCAGAAUUGUCACUUUUGAGAUUUUUUACAGAACCCAAUAGCUAGGUAAAAGCUACAGAUAGUUUUUAUUUUACAUGGCAGGAUUUUUAUACUUAAAAAAAUAAAUAAAAAAAAUUCUAUAUUUACAUGACAUAUGAGCAUGGAUUGUAAACUCACCAUUUUGGUAUCAUAUGUGCAAGUGCAUUUGCGCCUAUGACACAAUUGAAGUGUUCAAGUGUUCAAUGCUUGCACAGUGUUUCUGUGGCAAUGUUUGAGCAUACAUUACUGGAAUAAAACAAAAACAAAAACAAGGAACUGUCACUUCUAUAAGAAUUGAUGGUUCUGUAAGAUGGAGUUUAUUUUUAAUUUUGACAUUUUUAGCAACUUUGACCUUUAUUCAAGUUAAGGCUCAGUUACUUUGUAUAUUUGUAUUUUUACUGUAUAUGACCUAACAUUUAAAUAUAACGAGAAAUAUAAAUAAAUAUAUAAUGAAAUCGAAUAAUAAAUAGAAUACAAUAUAAUAAAAUGUAAUGAUGAAAUUCUCACCAAAUUAAAAUUAUUUUUGUUAAAUAACUCAUGUCACGGUGUAAUAUGUCAUGUGUUGUUGUUCAUCCAAGGUUGUAUAUACCUCAUUUUAAGACCUGCUAAUGAACAGAUGAUUGUUAUUAUGUCCUGAUAUGUAAAACCAUAGAAUUCUUUCUUUUUCCUGUGAAUGUAAAUGUAAAUGCAUAAAUUAAAAUAAAAAUGGAUCCAGAGCUCUGUUAUUGCUUACUGAAAACGUACAUGUUUGAUUGGUAUAAACAAUUUUCAAUUAAUCAAUAUUUAGAGAUGCAAGGCCCCUGUUUCUCAACCUUUUGACUAAGGCUGAAAGCUGAGUCACUUUACCAUUUUCGUUGGGUCCAAUUGUCUGCUUUUGCCAGGAGCUCUGUACCACAUAUUUUCUGGAUCAAUACAUCCUUCCCCGCUUUAGAUAUAAGCAUCUAAAGAAAGUGAAUUACUUUUGACAAAUGUGAACCACAGGCACAUUCUCCCAACAGAUUGUUUCUGUAAAAUUAUAUAUUUUGAAACUGGGGUGAUAUUGUUAUUCAAUUCCAAAAAAUGUUUUAGCAAUAGUUGGUCAAACUUAGCAUUAGUCUCUUGCAUCUUUUGAUAAAACAUAUUUAAUAGUAAAAUUAAAUUGCUUUUAUUAAAACAUCUUACACAAUGCAUAUAAGACUAUUGGUGUUCCAAAAUAUACACUUUUUAUAUGUGUAUGUAUGAAGUGGUGUAUUCUGGUUUUGUGCUGCUCUAGGCAUGACAAAACCCAGGCACCUCUCUCCAAAUAUCUCUUCCUGACAGACACAAGCCCUCACUGAUACAUGCACUGACAUACACUCACUUACAGAUACACAGUCAUUGUCACAUACACUGUUUAACCAACACACACUUUUAUUGAAACAUACACAUUCACAGAAAUACACACCCACUCAUUCACAGUUACACACACACAUUCAUCGACAGACACACAUAUACAGUGACAGACACACAUUCACCAACAGACACAUACACACUCAUUGACAAGGCACACAUGCACACUCACUGACAGAAAUGCAUACACACUCACUUACAUACACUUGGACACACUCACUGACAGAUACACACUGACAAACACAUAUACAACAGUCACUGACAGACAUAUGUGCACUCAGUAUCAGACACACAAAUUGACCGACAGACACACAUACACUAGCUGACAUACACUCACUGACAGACAUACACAUUCACUGACAGACACACACACUCUCAGUGACAGACACGCAUACACACACUGACAGACAUGCAUACACACACCGACACACGCUGAAACACGCCUACAUACACUGACAGACACACUCAGUGACAGAUACAUACACUGACAGACACACAUACAUACUCACUGACAAACAGACACAAAUUCACUAACAGACACAAAUUCACUAACACCAGUCAGCCAGCUAUUGGGUCCCCAGAACAAGAGGCUGGCAAGGCAUUUGCCAGGGCGUUUGGGGGGCUUUUUUUCCCGCACCCGUGAAAGUGUCGCCCAAGGCAAAUGCCUUGUCAGCCUCGCACUAAAUACACCGCUGUAUGUAUGCUAUUUAAUAAAUAUGGUUCUGGAAAAGCCACAUUAAUCAAGUAACUGUUGAUAUAAAUAUAUAUUUAUUUCUGCAGUAAGGAACACUUUUUUUUUUUUAUAUAACAAAUGCAAUUUACAUUUUCUACUCUAGUAUGCCAAUUUGUGGCACCCCAACAUUGUACAUUUAUUCUAUAGAUAUAACCUUUUUGGAUUGUACAUGUUGAUGUGUUUGUGUUAAUUUUAAACAUUUACAUUACAGCCAGUAUCCCUCCCUAUGGUCUGUGAAUAAUAGUACCAUUGCACCAGUGUCCCAGUCGGGAGGAACUUCAAACAGAUUUGGAUCGCAGUAUCCCAGAAAUUCUACAGCUCCUUACACAUCACUUCCACAUGAUGUUCCCUCACCAUCCACAGGCUCCCCUUUAUAUGAACAUGGACCACCAGCAGAUAUCAGUGACAACCAGUAUGAUGCACAUUCCAGAUUAGCUUCUUCAUGGCCUCAAGUCACACCUCCUUCAAUGUGA